AUGGAAAGCCGUUCGCAACGAUAUGAGAUCUCGAGACCACAGCCGAUUGCUCCUCCACCCCCGCCCUUACCACCACCACCACCUCUUCCACCGCCAGCUGCUGUACCCGUUGCGCCCCAGGACUAUUCAAAUGCGGAUCCUGGCCCCUGGUCAUCGACAUUACCGCGACCUCUCUCCGACAUACGAGAGCUGAGUGAGCCUAGUAUUAUGGAUAAUAUGAUCCGGCAUCCUAGCGGUCGGUACAGACAUAGGCGCAGUGCAUCGAGAGCGGGGUCGAUCAAACAGGCGGAAUGGCUCAAGCGUCAGCCAUCUCAGCGUGAAAACCACAUCCCAAAGCCGAACUACACGAGUCUCCAACAACAGCAGCAAGAGGGAGGCUCUUCUUCGUACAGCAGCACUCCCGAGCAGCAGCAAUCCAGCUUCUACAGCAUUCCGCAGUCGAGCAUACCUAGACGAUCGUCAUCGCACAAGUAUCCACAGCGUCAGCCCAGAUCUCAGACUAGAAACACAUCAGGCAGAUCCAAGCAGACCGACAACGUUCCAUUCCGUCCGCCCUAUGCGAUACCCAACAGAGCAGGCAGCCAAUCACCGGUCAAGGAGGCAGGGCUACGACUAGAUCCUAUCUCAUCUGAUGAUUCGCGAAGAGUGGCCUCACAUACCCAUAUUCGAAGCCCGCAUCCGGUCGAGAUUUUGGACUUUCCUUCGUACAAGCAUCCAAGGGUCAAGCUGGAACUGCAGGUAUCAGCUCCGUUGUUCGUCGGCGGCGGUAGUGUGGAAGGGCAUGCUAGGAUCACUGUGGACGACAAUCAGCACGUUCGACAUCGGCGGUCCAUCAGCAUCGGUGCGGUCUCAGUAGAUCUGCUUGGGUUUGAGGAGAUUGAUGGCAGCCGCCGAGCAACCUUCCUUGCCCUUGGGACGGACAUCAUCGAUUCUAAACAUCCGCCUCCUUCACGAAUGAUUCAACCGCCCAACCCACUCUUUGCCGGCGACAAGUUUUGGGCACUCGCACCAUCCUGCACGCCCUUACCGUUUAUGAUCAGCCUUCCCCUCGAUACAGGCCCACCGCCCUUCCAGUCAAAGCGCGCAAACAUCAAAUUUGUGCUGUCUGUGACUGCACUGGUCCGCGAUGCAGGAAAGCACUAUCGCGUGAGGACCUCUCAAGCGAUCCAGGUGUUGCCAACAUACGAUCCUGAAAAAGCCUUGACCUCACUACCGAGUCCCUUGACCGCAUUUGAUGAACUGAUCAUUCCGAGAAGUACUGGUCAAGAGCUGAUUCGGGUUACAGCUGGUUUGCACCGCCAAGUCUGGGUCAGCGGUGGCAGCAUUUUCGUUGACGUCCACAUAUCGAACAAAAGCCGUAAGCCAGUCAAGCGCCUUGAGCUUACACUUGAGCGAGACAUCCUGUGCUAUAAGCACGCUGCUGCUGCAACAUUGGAGAAGUCAGCCGUCCAAGCGCGAAUAUUUGAAAGCAACGAACAAGCGAUCCUGGUCCGGUCAUCUUUCAAGCCUGGAUCCAAUGGCUGGAACGGUGUCGAACCGCAUACAUCUGAUAUUCGUACGUGUGAGCUGGAGCUUCCUCGCGGUCAUGGAACUGUUCGCUGUGGGAAGUACUUCGAGGUGCGCUACUUCCUCAACGUCACGGCGUCUUUGUCCAAUUCGAAGUUGGUGUCGGUGCAGCUGCCGAUCAUCGUCAUCCACAUGAACUCGCUGGACGUCGUUCCAAAUUCCGUCGCUCAAGUCGCAGCAGCCAUCGAAGAGAAACGAUUAUAUCGACAGCUCAGCCGUUCGCGAUCUCGCAGAGACGGCGACGGCCAUUCCAGACAGCGAUCAGUUUCAACACCAGCGCAGACAAUCGAGCUCAAACGCCAGGCAUCUUACGCCCAAGGCCGCGCGUUUGCAGCACCAAGACAGCAAUCACUGGAUCGACAAAGAGAACAGAAACGAGACAUUGAAAACGUCCAGAAUAUCCUCGACUCUUCACCACGCAAAUAUCUGCCACAGGCGAUGAAAGGCCUCGCAAUAAAGAAAAUCGGCAGCAACAUGAGCCUCCACAGCAUCGGCCUCGCGAACCGAAGCGACGAGACAUUUGGUGUGAUCGGCGCCAUGUCUUACCAGACGCCUCCCCCGAAUAGGUCCGGACGGACGUUUGACGAAGCCGAAGGACUGCGCGAUCGACUGAGGCGAAUGGGCAGUUUCGAUUCGAUGCGCAGUAAAAAGUCUUCUGCCACGAAUAGAUCCAAGGCGAUGAGCGAGCAAAACAGGCCGCAGUAUAGUCUGCCGCCGCAUCAGAUCCCGCCGCAUGUGUUGGGACUGACGACGACGACGCGGAAGGUGAGUUCGGAGGUUUCGGAGAGGCCGGCGACGGCGAUGAGUUUGAGGGAGAAGUUGGAUCGGUCGAGGUUUGAGUUUAAGGCUGUGAGGAGGAAGGCGAGUGGGAGUUUGAAGGAGAAAGGGAGGAAUUGGUGGGAGCAGAGGAAGAGUAAUAGUAGGAGGGAUGAGGAGGUUGACGAUAGGGAGAGGGAGCAGGUGGAAGAAAGGGCGGGUUGGAUAUGA